AUGUCGUCGAAGAGAAAGGUUAGAGAGCCUAAGGAGGAGACUGUGACUCUUGGUCCUGCUGUUAAAGAUGGAGAACAUGUUUUUGGUGUUGCUCGCAUCUUUGCUUCGUUUAACGAUACCUUCAUUCAUGUUACUGAUUUGUCUGGGAGAGAAACCCUUGUCCGCAUUACUGGUGGAAUGAAAGUUAAAGCUGACAGAGAUGAGUCAUCUCCAUAUGCUGCUAUGCUUGCUGCACAAGAUGUAGCUACUCGGUGCAAGGAGUUGGGAAUAACUGCUCUUCAUAUCAAGCUUCGUGCAACUGGAGGAAACAAGACAAAAACACCAGGCCCUGGUGCUCAGGCUGCUCUCCGUGCCUUAGCUCGUUCAGGAAUGAAAAUUGGUCGCAUAGAGGAUGUGACUCCAAUUCCUUCCGAUAGCACACGCCGAAAGAGUGGUAGAAGGGGUAGAAGGCUAUAG